AUGAAGGAGGUAGUGGCAUCACGUCCUCCAAAGAAAGGAAAGAGGGUCGCCGAUGAAAGAAAACGACACCUCGAGGCUCAGGAAGCCAAGAGGGCCGUGAAAAGACGCAGAGCACCAUCAGAUACCAUCGUUGUAGGCGGCGGAGGUAGCGAAUACGAGUCAGACUCCGACUUGGAGUUGUAUGAGUCCACGCUCAAACUACAGUAUAAUACUGUACGGGGCUACGUCUCGGCCAUACAGAAGCUUUACGACGAGCAGAAGAGCCGGGAGUCAAUCCUGCGGCCCGGCCACAGGAGUGGCACUGAAGGCGCUCAAACGCAGCAUUCUUGCAACGACUUGGAGCCGGAAGAGGAAGGAAUACAUGGACAGGGGAGUUGGAACUCUGAGAGAUGUGUGGACUUUCUGCUCGGGAACCACAUGCUGCUGCGGUCCGGCAACCGCCUGCCGAUGGAAAAAGGCGGAAAGGUUUCCGUCUUCCAAAGAAGCGAAGACUGGUAUGAAACGAAGGUGCUCCGCCGAUCGGCGAAGGAGCCUCAAGCUCCGUUGUCGGGCCAGACUGCCCGAGAAUGGACGUCCAGGUUCUACAAGAAGGCCGGCAUCAAGGUCUCCAAGGUCAGCCACGCGCCUAGAGUGGCGGCGACGCAAAACGCCGACAUGGCCGGAGUGGAUGAAGGCCAGAUCCGCCGAGCCGAUCUCGGGGUGGAGCAGAACAUGGCCGCCGGCGCCUUCUUGGAACUCCUGGAGUGGCUUCGAGAGGUGCUCCUGCAGGACGCUGUCUUCCUUCGCGAGUCCUACCCCGACCAUCCUAUCUUUCAGGAUCCGGUCUUCUCUUGCCCCGAGUUUGAAGCGUUCGCCAGCAAAGUUCAAGACACAUGCACACGGGACCACGAAGACAGCCAUACCACGGUCAUUCAAAAAGCGAUCCCGGUGGUUGCGGAGAAGCUGCGCACAUUGGAUGAGUUUGCGCAGGCCACCUACACCGUCACCUUCAGCCCCGGCCAAGGUGCUGCAGGUCAACAUGCGGAGAUCGCGGGAGCUCAUCAACAGAGGCGCCGCGCUCCACGAGAGACGGUCCUCAGGUCCGAGAUAGGCCCUUCGCAAGCGGGCGAGAAGAAUUACUUUUCCACGCGCAAGAUCAUCGUCGAUGAGGCCAUCCGAAAGGACAGGCAAGGCGAAAAAGGGACACAAACAGGUGAUGUCAAGGGCAAGCGGGUAAUCGGCGGUAAUCUGCGGGGUAAUCCGCUGACCGCCCACCAAAGCCGGACCUGUGACAUCCACUUGAUGUCGAGCGCUGGUGCGUUCGCGCUGCUGCCGCUUGCGCUGCUGCUCAUGAUGUCUUAG